UGUGUUUAAAAGGGGAUUGAAGAACAUAGAAGAUUACCAACUCGUUUUGUCUAGAAGUAUGGAUCAGGAGCUGAGAGACAGGAAUAACGGAACCGAAAUAGAAGAAUUCGAAGAGUCCGACUGCAAACCACAAUUAGAAGAGUUUUCGAGGAAAAUUCCACACUGGAGGAGCCAACUAACAGUGAGAGGAUUAGUUGCAAGUAUCAUUAUCGGGACAAUUUACACUGUGAUAGCACUGAAGCUCAGUCUCACAGUAGGAAUUACUCCUAAUCUUAAUGUUUCUGCUGCUCUUGUAUCAUAUGUUUUCAUCAAGGGGUGGACUAAGCUACUUGAUAAAGUUGGUUUUAAUUCUACUCCAUUUACAAAGCAAGAAAAUACAUUAAUUCAAACUUGUGUUGUUUCUUGUUAUGGUCUUGUUAGUUCAGGAGGAUUUGGAUCUUUUGUAUUGGGGUUGAGUAAGAAAAUAUACGAGCUAGCAGGGGUUGAUACUCCAGGAAACAGCCGAGGGAGUUAUAAGGAUCCAGGAAUUGGAUGGAUGACCGGUUUUGUUUUUACUACAAGCUUUAUUGGCCUUUUAUCUUUGGUUCCUCUUCGAAAGAUCAUGAUAAUCGACUACAAGCUACCUUAUCCAACUGGCAUUGCAACGGCGGUUCUCAUAAAUGGAUUCCACACGCCUAAAGCAGAUAAGACGUCUAAGAAGCAAAUUCGAGGAUUUGCAAAGUUCUUUUUAUUUAGUUUUAUCUGGGGUUUCUUCCAAUGGUUCUACACUGGUGGAGCCGCAUGCGGAUUCGUGCAAUUUCCAACUUUUGGGUUACAAGCAUGGAAGAAUUCUUUUUUCUUUGAUUUCAGCAUGACUUAUGUUGGAGCAGGGAUGAUUUGCUCACAUAUAGUUAACCUGUCUACUCUUUUUGGAGCCAUUCUUUCAUGGGGAGUGAUGUGGCCACUGAUACGCGGCCUAAAAGGAGAAUGGUAUCCAGCAACUAUAUCAGAAAGCAGCAUGAAGAGCUUAAGUGGUUAUAAGUCUUUUAUCUCCGUUGCGCUCAUUCUUGGAGACGGGCUUUAUAAUUUUCUCAAAGUUGUAUACAUUACCAGCAAGAGUAUUAAACGCACAGUUAAAGUCAACAGCGAAGUUAAUGAUCCGUCAGCUAAAUCUCUUGAAGAUCUUCAGCGAGAUGAGAUCUUCAUGAGGGACAGUAUUCCCAUAUGGGUUGCAUGUGUUGGAUACAUUCUUCUCUCCGUUGUUUCCGUCAUUGCGAUCCCACUCAUGUUCCCCCAACUGAAAUGGUAUUACGUAAUAGUAUGCUACGUCCUUGCUCCGUUUCUAGGAUUUUGUAACGCAUAUGGUGCAGGCUUAACUGACAUAAACAUGGCAUACAACUAUGCAAAAGUAGCUUUGUUUGUGCUAGCAGCACUAUCGGGGAGAGAAAAUGGAGUAGUUGCAGGGCUUGUAGGUGCUGGCCUCAUAAAAGCAAUUGUUUCUAUCUCUUCUGAUCUUAUGCAAGAUUUGAAAACCGGUCACCUGACACAUACCUCCACUCGCUCAAUGGUUAUAAGCCAGGCCGCCGGAACAGUAAUAGGUUGUAUUGUAACUCCUCUAUGCUUCUUUCUUUACUGGAAAGCCUUUGAUAUAGGAAACCCUGCUGGAGAAUAUAAAGCUCCAUUUGCUUUAGUUUUCCGAAAUAUGGGAAUUCUCGGAGUGCAAGGUUUCUCUGCAUUGCCUAGCCAUUGUUUGCAGCUCUGUUACGGGUUCUUUGCGUUUGCAUUUCUGGCUAACUUGGUGAGAGACCUUUCUCCAUCGAAGAUCGGGAAGUGGGUUCCUAUACCUAUGGCUAUGACGGUUCCAUUUCUUGUCGGUGCAAGUUUUGCAAUUGAUAUGUGCAUUGGGAGCUUGAUUGUGUAUGUAUACGAAAAACUUGAGAAAAAGAAAGCCGCUCUAAUGAUCCAUGUUAUUGCUUCUGGUUUAAUGUGUGGAGAAGGAUUAUGGAUGCUCCCUUCAGCAAUCCUUGGUCUGGCUAAGGUGAAGCCUCCCGUUUGUAUGAAAUUUGUCUCAUCUUAACCUGAAAUUGUGCAAUAUAAGUGCAACAAUAUUCGAUUUGUAUCAAAGCAUUUUAUUUCCAGCUGAGUGGUGAGAUCUGUAUCAAGCAAAUUUUCAUGAAUGCAGCUAUUACUUGCUAAGUUCGAAAAAA